AUGUUCGAGAACGUGUGCGCCAUCCCGCUCGACUACGACCUGUUCGCCCAGGCCAUCCACCCACACGAGCCCAUCGUCGCCGUCGGGCUGGCCUCGGGCCACGUGCAGACGUACCGGCUGCCCGGCGACGCGGCCAACACCACGGCGUCGGCGCGCGGGGUCGGGCACGUCGACACGGUGUGGAAGACGCGGCGGCACAAGGGCAGCUGCCGCACCCUCGGCUUCAGCCUCGACGGCCUGCAGCUGCACUCGGCCGGCACCGACGGCAUCGUCAAGGUCGCCGACACGACCACGGGCCAGGUCGCCGCCAAGCUGGCCGUCCCUCUGGAGGCCGCACGCGGCGCCGUCGACGCCCCCGCCCUCGUCCACGCCCUCUCCCCGCAGUCGCUGAUCCUCGCCACCGACUCGUCCGCCGUCCACAUCUACGACCUGCGCGCCCUCGGCCCCGCCCGCGCCCCCAGGCCCCAGGCCACCCACCGCCCCCACGACGACUACGUCUCCUCGCUCACCCCGCUGCCGCCCACCGACGCCAGCACCAGCGGCUUCAGCAAGCAGUGGGUCACCACCGGCGGCAGCACCCUCGCCGUCACCGACCUGCGCCGCGGCGUCAUGGUGCGCUCCGAGGACCAGGAGGAGGAGCUGCUGAGCUCCGUCAUCGUCUCCGGCCUGUCCAGGAAGGGCUCCAACGUCGGCGAGAAGCUCCUGGUCGGCGGCGGCAACGGCGUCCUGACCCUGUGGGAGCGCGGCGUCUGGGACGACCAGGACGAGCGCAUCACCGUCGACCGCUCCAAGGGCGGCGGCGAGAGCCUCGACGCCCUGGCCCUGCUGCCUGCCGGCGUCGGCCCUGGCGGCAAAAUCGCGGCCGUUGGCCUCGGCAACGGCGACCUGCCCUUCGUCAGGAUCGGGCAGAACAAGGUCGUGGCCGAGCUCAAGCACGACGAGCUGUCGCAGGAGGGCGUCCUCGGCCUGGGCUUCGACGUGACGGGCCGCAUGAUCAGCGGCGGCGGCCGCACCGUCAAGGUGUGGGGCGAGAAGGGCGCCCUGGCCGCCGCAGCCGACGAGGAAGAGGGCGAGGACGAGGAGGGCGAGGACGACGACGACGACGACGAAGAUGCUGGCCCCGGCACAAAGCGCACCCUCGCGUCCGCCUCGGACAACGCCAGCGACGACGACAGCAGCAGCGAGGAGGAGCAACAGAGCAAGCGCAAGAAGAGAAAGCGCAACAAGGGCAGGCAGCAGCGCGGCCACGGCAUCCUGCAAUUCUCUGGCCUGGACUAG